GGAAUAAUUUGCAUUUGGGGUGAGUCUCGUGGAAAAUUACAGUCUGCGUAGAGUGACUGUGGGCCUGGGGCAGUGCAGGAGUGGUAUAAAAGCAGGCCCAACUCCUCACUCAGUCAUCCACUCGUCUUGCCUCCAUCUCCCUGGGAACGAGGUGCCUCUCCAGACACAAGACAUGUCCUGCUACGACCAGUGCCUGCCGCGCCUGCCCUGCCAGCCCUGCGGCCCGACCCCGCUGGCCAACAGCUGCAACGAGCCCUGCGUCAGGCAGUGCCAGGACUCCAAUGUCUUCAUCCAGCCCUCUCCCGUGGUGGUGACCCUGCCCGGACCCAUCCUCAGCUCCUUCCCGCAGAACACCGCCGUGGGAUCCUCCACCUCCGCUGCCGUUGGCAGCAUCCUCAGCUCUGAGGGUGUGCCCAUCUCCUCUGGAGGCUUUGGCCUCUCUGGGCUUGGCAGCCGCUACGGUGGCAGGCGGUGCUUCCCCUGCUAAAGCUGCUGGCGGCGGCCCUAGAGGAAGAUCCUCAGGGCACAUGAAGUCUUUGUGGGACGUAAGCCAGAGCACUGCAGCCAGCCCAAUUACACCAAAAAUGUGAUCCAUGUAUGCCUUCCCCCUUUUCUAUGUGUACUUUCCUUCCUGUGCCGUUACUGCUCACCCUCUGCUCCUCCAGACUGUCAGUCCCUCAAAACCAGUUUAGGGAAAACCUGAUGGCCUUUCUCCCCUUGUGAAAAGGGCAGAUGGAUAGAUGGAAGUACACCCACCAGCAUCACGCAUUGCAAGCUGUCAUCUGUUCCUGGUGAUUCCUGUAUUUGUGACAUUGUUUCUCUCUUUUGGCUCAGUAAAGUUGACUGCAUUUUAA